AUGGUGUCUGCUCUGUUUUCCGUUGCUACACAAGCAUUCUGUAAUAGCCCAGAUCUUCCUGUGGCAUUCUAUUUUGAAUUUAAGAAUUGUUUUUUCUUGGUAAGUGGAUUUCAAGAAUUGAUGUUGUUCGAGUUGCCUUGCAUUUUCUCAUACAUUCAGGAGUUGGACAUGGUUCCUUAUGUCAUCUGCUCUCCACCACUUAAUCGACUUGUUAGUCGGAGCCUUCCAGAUAGUGAUCUCUUUCUAACUCAUCUUAUUGCUUGGUCAACAUUGGGUGCAACUGGAUUCAAUAUCCAUAGCCCUGCAUCCAUAGAAAGUAAUGUUGCUUCCCUUUUGUUGUAUAUUAGUGUGUGCUUCUGA